AUGAUGGCCGAAAACGAGAUUGAUAAAGAGAUCGAACAAAUGUUGUCAUUUGGGAACAGGGACGAUGAUCGGGUCAAGAACCCUCAAUCGCAGGUGGCAAUGCUGGUGGAGCAAGUAGAAAAGCUCGCACAACAGGCUGCACAGGUAAAAUCCUCAGUGUCCAUUAUACAAAAUGAGGUGCAAGCGCUGCAGACAUUGCCAGAGCGAGUCCAACAAGGACAAUAG